CUGCGUGCCUAUGUUCUCGGCGUGUACACCAUCCUCCUCCUAGCGCAUUCCUACCUGCGCUGGCCGCUGCUGCUGCUGUUCCUGCUGCUGCUGGCGCGCGGCGUGGCCGGUUGGGUCCGCCGGGCGCAGUGGCAGCCGAUGGACACCGGGUUGCUGCAGGCGGCGACGCGCCUGCUGUCGCUGCAGUUCCUGGUCGGGCUACUGCUGUACGUGGCGUUCAGCCCAUGGAUUCGGGUGGCGUUGGAGGAUGUCGGCGCGGCGAUGCGCGACGCGCAGCUUCGCUAUUUUCUGGUGGAGCACGCGCUGCUGAUGGCGAUCGCGGUUACCUUCAUGAGCAUCGCCACCGGGCGCAUCAAGCGUGCGCCGGCCGAGCGGCGCUUCCGCGGUACGGUUGUCGCCGUGCUCAUCACGCUGAUCCUGGUCGGCGCGGCGAUUCCCUGGCCGGGCAUGAGCGCAGGCAGGCCGCUGUUCCGGGUCCAGGAGCAGGCGGCGCCUGCGUUCUUCUGA